UUAAUGUUUCAGCUUUUAUUUAACUAAUACAAGUACUGUAAUACAUUAAGUCUUUUCAUUGUAUAGUGUUUAAAUAAAAUAUACAUCCUUGAUUUUUUCGCAGAUACAUAUUUGUAGGAUCAAUGAACUGUGACCAAAGUAAUAUCAUCACUUAUUGGUGCUGCUGAGAAGUUGGUCUUGUAAUAUUGUAAUAGGGUGGAUCUGGUUUAAAUCUGUACCCAAAAUGCAAAUCUGUAUUUUACCUAAUAUCUAAAAACCAUUUUAAAUUUUUGAGUUAUGUUUCUUUUGCUGUUUCCAUUUGCUUUGUACAAUAUUUCACUCUCCAUCUGUUUACACUGAUAAACUGGAACGUCAAGUAACAACGUGUACAAUGUUUGUAUUUUUAAAUUUAAUGUCAAGAUGUUCAACUCAGUGCUACAAGUAUUCUGUGGACUUGGUAUAAAACUAUCUGACAUAUAUUCUUACACCUUAUUGCUUGUUAUAUCAGUGCAACCUCCUGUGGAAGGUUAAAGUGACACAUUUAGCUCAGCAGUAUGGAAUCUGAUUUAGCAGAACCAGCAGUUGCUUAUCUUAUAGCCAUAAGCAUUUCUUUGGAAUAUCUGCCCACAUGUGGUGGUGUUGCUGAUAUGAGGGUAAGGGGCAAGGCAAAAUGUUCUGACACUAAUCUUUCCAGACAGCUGCAAAGUUAGUGGAUUUCUAACAGCACACAAAGCAGCACCAAAAAUACACCAAUAUGUUCCUCAGACAUGUGUGCCUAGUUCUGUCAGUUGCCUGCCUCGCUCUGGCCAAUGACAGGUUUGGCCAUCAUCAUCCACAUGGUGGCAUUGUGCAGUGCCUGCCAAAUAUGUGUGAUGAGCCCUGCCCCACUUUACCAUCCUACUGUCCCUCAGGAGUCAUCAAGAACUGUGGCUGUUGUGAUAUAUGCUGGAUAUACUUGAAGGAGGGAGAAAUCUGCCGCAAAUUCAUUCCUGAAAACACAAUGUGUAGUCCAGGCUUGGAGUGUGGUUCUCAAGGUGUGUGUGUGCCGAUGGCUGAACAAAAUGUGGAAGAUGCUGAAGAUAGCUCAGACUGCACAGACAGCUCUGAGUAAGACUGUGCACACAAGAAAAGUGAUGUUGUACUUGCACUCAACUCCUAUAAGAUUUAAUGCAUUUGAAGAAGAUGAGACUCGUUGUAAUCCUGGAAAUAAACAAUUAGAAGUACUGCACAUCUA